CAUGAAGAAAAAUGUCCGCCCACCCCCACUACGCUUUUUUUAGUAGCUUGGAAAUAUGAACAGGUGGUUGGGCCCAUUGCUUCAAAUGGCAGCUUCAGGCGCGCAUAUCAAACCACCCCUUUUCUAUCCCUUUGAACCACCCACCAUCCACGCCCGUAGUAGCAACUGCUCGUUUGCUCAACUCUGCUUCUGAGUUCCACAAGACACUUUAUUUUACUUCUCUCUCUCUCUCUCUCUCUUCUCCCUCUUUCUCUCUCUUUUUUUUUUUCUUUUCCAACCCACUCUAGUUGUUCUCACCUCUCCCUUCCCUCUCCAUUUUGAUGACGAUCGAUCGGACGCGUUCGAGAAGACAACAGCAACAGCGUCCAGCAGAGAAAGAAAAACGAGCCGCAAUACCCCAGUCAACGUCGACCGUUCGUUUGCAAGAGACUUCGAGCCGAAAAAUGGAUUGGGCAGAGCGAACAGCCAAGAAGGAAGCGAUUCUUAAGUUACCCGAUACUCAAACCCGAGAAAUUUUCUCAGUUGCAUUAUCGGAACGGGCUAAAAUUCCGUUCAUAAAGCUCCCUGAAGCUGAAAAACCGCAGUCAUCUCAAACGACAACACGGAAUGCUUCUCCGCGUCGUCAUCACAACAAUCCCGACAACAAUGACAACGGAAGCGACGGACAUGUGGAGGACGAGGACGAAGAAGACGAGUCGGACGAUACUGACGUUGAAGACGUGGAAGAGCUUUUUCUUGAACUGGCGCAGGAGGUAAGAUUAUUAUCCUUCGACUAGUAGUAGCAGUAGUAGUAGCUGUUGUUGUUGUUGUUGUUACACAAGAACCAUACACACCUGGAUAGUGAAGAUAAGGUAACGCAGCACACACGGCUGGCACGAGUGGCAAAGGAACA